AUGACUCAAAGUUUACGUAAAAAAGCAGCUGUUCGUGCAUCUAGACGUAACAGCAGUAAUCCUCAGCCAUUGUCAUUAAUUAAAAAUGAAACGCCUUCAAGCAGUCGUUAUAAUUCAGAUGAAGAUGAAGUCUGGAGUGAAACUUCCGGAGAUUCUGCAGAUUCUUGGAACUCUUUUCAAAGUCAAGAAAAUGCUAUAGGAGAAAGUGUUAAUCGAGAAACCGAACUAUUUGAAAGUAUUGAUGAGUUGGAGGAAAAAAGAACUAGAGAAGCAGGUUUGACAAAGUUGAUCCGUUUGCUUUCGCAAAAAUAUGUCGCUGAUCUUCUUGAUUCCAGAAGAGAUACCAUUUUUACCUUGUUAAUGCGAUCUAUCAAAAAAGAUAAAAGCUAUAAUGAAAACAAAUUAGCUGCCAAAGUUAUGUCGUUGUUUUUUAUCACGCUUGGUGAUGGACAAGAAUCAUUGUAUCAAGAAAUUUUGACUUUAUUCAAGUAUAAUAUUAUUAAUACCGCCUCUUUGGAAGUCAAAAGUGCUGUAACUCUUGGAAUGGCCUGUUUUAUUGCUGGAUCAGCCGCUGAUGCCAUAGAGUUGCUUGAUUUCUUUGCAAAUAUAUUUCAUACAGAUGGGAAAAGCGUUAAUGCCAUUAAUAAUGGAAUGGUUAUAGCAGAUGCUUUGAAUUCUUAUGGACUGCUUUAUGCUGGUUUGUGGGGAAGUCAAAAGGGAACAGAUAAAGCCAAAAAAGAGUUUGAUCGUCUUAUGCCUAUUCACCUUAAGCAUUUAAAAUCUGAUACUAUGGAAGUUCGUGUUGCCAGUGGUGAAAAUAUUGCGUUGAUGUUUGAAAUUUUAGGCAUUGGACGUAAAAGAGAUGCAUCGGAAGAAUGGGAGCAAUUACAACAUCCUGAAAAGUAUGAAGAAAUCGACGAAGUUGAAUACGAUGAUAAGGAACAUUUAAUCGAAUUGUUAAGCGCCUUGGCAAAAGAUAGUAAUAGACAUAGAGCUAAAUCUCAACGUAAAGUUCAAAGAUCAGCAUUUCGAGAUAUUUUGAGGACUGUUGAGGAAGGUGAUCAUAUCGAGGAAAAGAUUAAAAUUAAGAAACAAACCAUUCACUUUUCAUCAUGGGCAAAAGUGGCUCAGUUGAAAGCUUUCCGUGAUGUUUUAGCUGAAGGGCUACAUAUCCAUUUUCAGGAAAAUGAAUUGAUCCAGGAUAUUUUUGAGUUUGAACCAACUCUUUCUUUGACGAAUGCUGAUAGGGUGUCAAGACCCUGCUCUGCAAUGAGUUCUUAUUCUGUUCCUUCUGAUGCAGAAUUGUCAGUUCUGGACAAAAAAGCUAGAGGAAAACGGAUCAGAGCGAGAAAAAAAAGUAAUAGGCGUAAUGAUUUGUUAAUUGAAGUUGGAUGA